AUGUCUAGAAAGAAGAAUAUUCUCAAGGUGAUCAUUCUAGGUGAUUCUGGUGUCGGGAAAACCUCUUUGAUGCACCGUUAUGUGAAUGAUAAGUACUCCCAACAAUACAAAGCGACGAUAGGUGCCGAUUUUCUUACCAAGGAAGUGAUUGUGAACGAUGAUAAGGUUGCAACGAUGCAAGUAUGGGACACUGCUGGACAGGAGAGAUUCCAAUCGCUCGGAGUAGCCUUUUAUAGGGGUGCUGAUUGUUGUGUAUUGGUAUACGAUGUCACGAACGCAAAGUCUUUUGACAACAUCAAGUCCUGGAGGGACGAGUUUUUGGUCCAUGCCAAUGUUUCCUCGCCAGAAACUUUCCCCUUUGUGAUUUUAGCCAACAAGGUGGACGUAGAAGAGUCCAAAAAAGUGGUUUCAUCGAGAUCUGCUCAAGAGUUGGCAAAGUCGUUGGGCAACGUGCCCUUGUUCUUCACUAGUGCAAAGGACGCUAUCAACGUCCAAGAUGCAUUUGAGGAAAUUGCUCGCAGCGCAUUACAGCAAAGUCAAUCAGAUGCAGAUGCAUACGAAGACGAUUUGAAUGAAGCAAUCAACAUCCAAUUGGAUGGAGAACCAAGCUCAUGUAGCUGCUGA